AUGUUGAGUAAACUAAUAAUAUUUAUAUUGUUGAUAGCUCAAGUCUUUGCCAAAACAAUCCUUCUUACUAAUGACGAUUCUUGGGCGUCAACAUAUAUAAGAGCAGCUUACCGAGACUUGAAAAAAGCCGGAUAUGAUGUUAUAAUGGUGGCCCCAGUAAGACAACAAACUGGUAAUGGAGGUAGUUUCCAAGUUCCUAAAUCGAAAACAUUGGAAAAAGAUGGUGAAUUUGGGUACGUUAAAAAAGGAGCUCCAUCCUGGGAUCAUGACGCUGAUGAUUCAAAUAUUUAUUAUUUUGAUGGUACUACUUCUGCAUGCGUUGCAUUUGCACUUAAUUAUCUUAUACCCGAGAAAUUUGACAAUGUUAAGGUUGAUUUAACCAUCAGUGGGCCAAAUGAAGGUCCAGGGAUUCUGAGUGGGUUCUUCACUUAUAGUUCAACUACUUCUGGUGCAUAUUUUUCUGUCUAUAAUGGUAUUCCAGCCAUAUCAUUUGGUGGAUCUGAUUUAAAUAACACUUUUUUCAAAGAUGAUUUAAAUAAUGAUAAAUUAUUACCAGCAAAUAUCUAUUCUUCCAAAAUAGUGGAAUUGGUUGAUCUUAUAUUAGCUAAAGAUGCCGCUAAAAUCCCCAACACCGUUGGUUUAAACGUUAACUUUCCUCAAGUUUCAACUUUAUCGGAUAAAAAUUGUACUGAUCCAACAUGGAUGAAAACCAGAAUCUUAGGUAAAGGUGUUUUGGUACCAAGUAUGUCAUAUAACAAAAAAACCGAAUUAUACGAGGUUGGAUACGAUUACUUAGAUAAUAAACAAAAAGACUGUGAAGAUGGUGAUUGUAAUUUACCUUCAGAAUAUUCAGUGUUUUUCGCUAAAAACUGUACUUCGACAGUCAGUGUAUUCAGCAUAGACUACGAUGCUAGUCUAAGUCAAUCAAACAAAGUACAUAGUAUAAUUGGUGAUCUCUUUUAA